AAUUCUUACGUAUUCCCCAUCUAUCAUGCAGAACCUCUUUAUUUUGCAUAUAAAAAUCCUAUUGUUGGAUUUCUGGACGCAAGCAAUCAAGAAAUUUCCUUACACCGUGCGUUUGACUCAGUCAAACAGGUAAGCAAAACGAUGCGUUUUAUGCUAUCGCCCGCGGCCCCCGCUCCCACUCCUCGUCAGACUUGCUUCAACUUCUUCCUCGUAUUUGCGCUCGCUUCAGGGCCGUUAGUCCAAUGAAGAGACUAUGUCACAAUUUCGCGCCAUUUCUCGAAAUUUCAAGUAUCCACCCAUUUUCCCAUUUGCAGUUUGGUACUUUAAGAUUUCCCAUCAUUCUCAGAGAUCUCCCCGUAUCCUUAAUGGUGAUAAUGUUAACUAUUGCACCAAAGCAAUGUCUCACUCUUACAGAACUUUACUCUCUAAUCACCUAAAGAAUCAAAGAUUAGACCAAGCCCGCGUUAUUUUUUAUGAAAUCCCAUCUCCUGAUGUGCAUCUGUGCACUAUGAUGAUUGCUGGUUAUGCGAAAAAUGAUAGGCUAGCUGACGCAUUGAUACUGUUUGAAAGAAUGGCUGAUAGAGAUAUAAUUUCCUGGAAUUCGAUGAUAAAAGGGUGUUUAGAAUGUGGAGAUUUGACUCUGGCUAGAAGAUUGUUCGAUGAAAUGCCUGAAAGGAAUGUUGUUUCUUGGACAACAAUGGUAAAUGGGUAUUUGAAGUUUGGGAUAGUUGAUGUUGCUGAAACGUUGUUCUGGAAUAUGCCAGCAAGGGAUGUUGCAGCAUGGAAUGCAAUGAUUUAUGGGUAUUGUAGGAAUGGGAGAGUUGAGAAGGGUCUGAAGUUGUUUGAAAAAAUGCCUUGUCGGAAUGUGAUUUCAUGGACUUCAAUGAUUGGUGGACUUGACCAGAAUGGGAUGAGUGAAAAGUCUUUGUUUCUUUUUAGGAAAAUGAUGGGUUCAGGUGUUGAGCCCACUUCAAGCACAUUUGCCUGUGUGUUGACGGCUUGUGCAAAUGCAAUAGACUUCAAUCUGGGUGUUCAAGUUCAUGGUCACGUUCUUAAGUUGGGAUAUUGUUUUGGUGAAUUUAUAUCAGCUUCAUUGAUAACAUUUUAUUCAAAUUGCAAUGAAGUCAAGAAAGCUCAUCAGGUAUUUAAUGAGACAUUGUCUAAAAAUGUGGUUAUAUGGACGGCUCUUUUAACAGGAUAUGAUUUGAAUUGUAAGCAUGGAGAUGCACUGAGGGUUUUCAGCGACAUGAUCAAGAUGGGCGUUCUUCCAAAUCAAUCUACAUUCACCAGUGCUCUUAAUUCAUGUCGUGGAUUAGAGAGCCUUGAUAAGGGUAAAGAGAUCCACACAGUAGUAAUUAAACUUGGUUUGGAAACUGAUGUCUUUGUUGGUAAUUCUCUCAUGGUCAUGUAUAGUGAAUGUGGGAAUGUAAAUGAUGCUGUAGCUGUAUUUAAAACAAUUAAUGAGAAGAAUACUGUCUCAUGGAACUCGAUCAUUGUUGGAUGCUCUCAGCAUGGACAUGGCAUUUGGGCCUUGAGUUUGUUUAACAAAAUGAUACGUGCAUGUGUAGACCCAGAUGAGAUCACAUUCACUGGAUUGCUUUCUGCUUGUAGCCAUUCUGGGAUGUUGCAGAAGGGAAGGUGCUUGUUUGAGUAUAUUAGUCAAUAUAAACCCAUUGCAUUGAAGCUUCAGCAUUAUGCUUGUAUGGUGGAUAUCUUAGGCAGAAAUGGUAAGCUGGAGGAAGCAGAAGAGUUAAUUAAAAAUAUGCCUAUGAAAGCAAAUUCUAUGAUUUGGCUAUCCCUCCUUAGUUCAUGUAGAACGCAUUCCAAUUUAGAGGUUGCUGAAAGAGCUGCAACAAGUACUUUUGAUCUAGAACCCUAUUGUAGUGCUGCUUAUGUUUUAUUGUCUAAUUUGUAUGCCUCUGCUGGUAGAUGGACUGAUGUUUCUAGAAUGAGAGUGAAGAUGAAGCAGGUUGGAGUUGUCAAACAACCAGGGUCCAGUUGGGUAGUUUUAAAAGGAAUGAGACAUGAAUUUAUUUCUGGAGAUAGGUCUCACCCUCUCAGUGAGAAAAUUAUUGAAAAGCUGGACUGGUUGGGAGAAAAAUUAAAGCCAUUUGGUUAUUUUCCUGAUCAAAGAUUUGCUUUGCAUGAUGUUGAUGAUGAGCAAAAGGAAGAGAUGUUGUCUUAUCAUAGUGAAAGGCUGGCAAUUGGAUUUGCUUUGGUUAGUACUGUGGAGGGAAGUACAAUAACAGUGAUGAAGAAUCUCCGAAUAUGUGGAGAUUGCCAUUUUGUCAUCAAGCUUAUAUCAAAAAUUGCAGGGCGUGAGAUUGUUGUCAGAGAUAAUAGUCGUUUUCACCAUUUCAGGAAUGGCAUCUGUUCGUGUGGGGAUUAUUGGUAGCACAAUUUUUAAUUUUGCCGUAUCAAAUCAUCUGGAUAUUUAUGACUACUUCUACUCUACAACCGCAUAGAACCAACCAAUUUUUUAUGUUUGAAAUUGAACCGGAGAAGGUUGAUCAGGUGCCUCCAAACAGGCAAUGCAAGCCUCCUCCCCAAUGUUAUUAUACCGUACCACAUUAUUUAUAGUUAUUAAAGACGAUGAUUAUUUCAUGAUUCGUUCACAAAAC